AUGGCCUCUGAGGAACCCGACCACACAGCCGCACCAGUCUCGGCUGUUGUGGCCAGCGAUUCGGUCGUCGUCGAGUCUCCCAUUGACACGGCCGAGCAAGCGGCGCCAGUGCCAGUGACCGACGCGCCAGCAACACCAAGCACAGAAGAAAAACACCUUCCCGAUGACCCACAACCCGAGGAAGCUACCCCAGUUACCCCCGAGCUCCCAGUGGAGCCUGUGGCUUCGGACUCACCGGCGGUUCCCUCGUCACCUUCAGAGGAUCCACCUCCACCUCCGCCCAAACCCUUCGCCAGUCCGUCCAAGCCGACGCUGCCGGCUGGUAUCGCUCUGGAAGCUCCCCCGCCUCCAGAGAGCCCUUUGGAGGACGCGGCGGCGACGCUGGAAGACGUCUCUAUCAGCCAGGACGGGACUCCGGCGCGUUCUCCGAGUGUCAACGAGAUGACAACCACCCCUGUGCGCCCAUCGUCGUCCCAGGCCGCGCGACCCCAGCGUGCUCCUUCGGCCAGCAUCUCGUCAUCGCAUUCGGGAUCACCCAUGCCGCGCCCAUUGUCGGCUGUUCACACCGAGCGCUCACUAGCGGGCCACUCGCGCCGCUCCUCGACGUCGACCAGCAUUUCGCUUUCCACCACUGUACACCCCGGUGCCGGCCCUCAACUGUCGGCUGUCCUUAUCACCCCUCCUCUCCAGGUUCUCGUGUCAAGCAAGGAGGCUCGCAAGUCUGCAUCCUUCCUCGCGGCCUCGCAGCGUGCUCUCGACCUCUGUCAGGGGAGUGGCGACGGCAGCAACGCGGCGUACCUGCACCCCCGUGAGAUCUUUGAGCCGCUGCGCCUGGCCAUCUCGAACCCACAGACGACUAGCGUGCCGAUCUUGGUCACCUCGCUCGACCUUCUCGCCAAGCUCGUCUCUCACUCGUUCUUCUCCGAGCCCAACGGCCCUCCUCCGGGCAUGUCUCCGCUCCCCGACCUGAUCACCCACACCAUCACGUUGUCCUACUCGGAGAGCUCGCCACCCCAAGUCGCUCUCCAGGUCGUCAAGGCGCUCAUGGCCAUUGUGCUUAGCACCGACCCUGGCAUGCUCGUUCACCAGAGCAGUCUGCUCAAGGCCGUCCGCACAGUGUACAACGUCUUCCUCCUGUCCAACGACACCAACAACCAGAUUGUUGCGCAGGGCGGUCUCACUCAGAUGGUGCACCACGUGUUUGGUCGUGUUGUGCGUCCGGACGCUCGCGCCUCCAAGCGUGGUAGCGUGUUGAUCAACGGUCGUUCCGCCACUCCCCUCCCUGAGGACGCGAGUGCGCCGCCUACUCCGGCAAACGACGGGCCCAAGAUGACGUUGGCGAGCUUCAACGAGGCCAACCCGAACGACCAUAUCCCGACCGCUCCAGCCGCCCACUUACCGACCGACACGGUCUCCAUUGCAGUUCCGAACGGCGACGCCCUGGACAUUCCAGAUGAGCAGAACGGACACGGUGACGGCGAGAAUGGCGGCGACCUCGACAUCCACGGACGUCCCAUCCCUACCGAGGAGUUGUUCGUCAAGGACGCGUUCCUGGUCUUCCGUGCGCUGUGCAAGCUGAGCAUGAAGGCCCUCGUUACAGAAAGCGAGCUUGACCUGCGCUCGCACGCCAUGCGCUCCAAGCUCCUCUCGCUCCACCUCAUCCUCACCAUUCUCAAGUCGCACGCCGACCUCUUCACCAACCCCCUGGUCACGAUCCCUUCCAACACCAGCGCGGAGAACACACCGUUCCUCCAGGCGACGAAGCAGUACCUGUGCCAGAGCCUGUCGCGUAACGCCGUCAGCCCUGUCAACCAGGUCUUUGAGCUCAGCACUGAGAUCUUUUGGUGUGUCCUCCAGUCGAUGCGUGCGCCGCUCAAGAAGGAGAUUGAGGUGCUCCUCAACGAGAUUUUCCUCCCCAUUCUCGAGAUGCGCCACUCGACUAUCCGCCAGAAAUCGCUCAUCCUUGGCGUUUUCAUCCGCCUUUGUCACGAACCCCAGGCCCUGGUCGAGAUUUACAUCAACUACGACUGCGACCGCGCCGCCCCCGAGAACAUUUACGAAAAGCUUAUGAACAUUGUGUCCAAGAUUGGUCAGACCCACUUUGCUCCCCCAUCCAAGGAGGAGCUCCAUCAGGGCUCGUCCAAGCAAAAGCAGUCGGGUUUAUCGCACGGCCCAUCGAUCCCGCCCUCGCUGAGCACGAUUGCUCUCGGCCACGAGCCGCCGCACUAUGCCGGUCUCCCGCCCGAGAUCAAGCUCCGUCGCCAGUCGCUCGAGUGUCUUGUUGCCGCCCUCAAGUCGCUCGCCGCCUGGUCGAGCUCGAGCUCAACUGCGCGUAAUGCCGAGGAUCCCAAUGCUGCUCGCGCGAGUAUGGACUUGGAGCGGCCAAACUCUAUCAGCGCGUCGACUCUCGAGGUCAACGCCCCCACCCCAUCUCGCGAAGGUGCUCGCAGCACCGUCUCCAACUUUGCGUCUGGCUCGGCCACCCCGGACGCUGGCGAGGACGACGUGACCAAGCUUGAGAGCGCCAAGCAGCGCAAGACGAUGCUCUUGGACGGCAUCAAGAAGUUUAACUUCAAGCCCAAGCGCGGUAUCGAGUAUCUGGUCCAGAACGGCUUCGUCCGCAGCCGUGCUCCCCAGGACGUUGCUCGUUUCCUCCUGGGCAACGAGGGCCUGUCCAAGGCCAUGAUCGGCGAGUACCUCGGCGAAGGCGACGAGGACAACGUUGCCAUCAUGCACGCCUUUGUCGACAUGCUCGACUUUACCGGUGUCCGUUUCACCGCCGCGCUCCGCAUGUUCCUUCAGACGUUCCGACUGCCCGGUGAGGCCCAGAAGAUUGAUCGCUUCAUGCUCAAGUUUGCCGAACGCUACAUGCACCAGAACCCGGGUCUCAUGUUUGCCAAUGCCGACACUGCGUACAUUUUGGCCUUUUCGGUCAUCAUGCUCAACACCGACCAGCACAACAAGAACCUCAAGCAGAAGCGCAUGACCAAGGCCGAGUUUGUCCGCAACAACAAGGGCAUCAACGACGGUCAGGACCUCGGCGAGGAUUUCCUUGGCGAGAUUUACGACGAGAUCCAGACCGACGAGAUCAAGAUGAAGGACGAGGUGGAGGCCGCUCCUCCUGCUGGUCUUGCGACCGUUGGCCGCGACUUGCAGCGCGAGGCAUUCCUCGCCCGCUCGGAGAACAUGGCCAGCAAGACCGAGGCCCUUCUCAAGGGCAUGGCUCGUACGGAGCGCCGCCGCGGCGGACCCGACCACUACUAUGCCGCCUCGCGCAUCGAGCACGUCCGCUUCAUGUUCGAGGUCGCGUGGAUGCCCUUCCUUGCCGGUCUCUCGGGCCAGCUGCAGGAGACGGACGACAUGGACGUUGUCGAGCUGUGCCUGGACGGCCUCCGCGCCGCUAUCCGCAUUGUCUGCCUGUUCGACAUGGAGCUCGAGCGCAACGCGUUCGUCACCACCUUGGCCAAGUUUACCUUCCUCAACAACUUGACCGAGAUGAAGCCCAAGAACAUGGAGGCCAUCAAGUGUCUCCUCGACAUUGCGGUUACCGACGGCAACAACCUCAAGGCCAGCUGGAAGGAUGUCCUCACUUGCGUCUCGCAGCUCGAGCGCAUGCAGCUCAUCUCCAACGGCAUGGACGUUCCCGACCUCAACCGCCGCUCGUCUACUUCCAGCCGUCGCUCAGUCGCCAGCAAGCGUGACAAGAAGCGCCUGGAUGACGAGCUGGCCGAGGAGUCGCGCUCGUCGCAGGUCACUGUCGCAGCCGACAAGGUGUUUUCGCUGUCCCAGAAUCUCUCUGGUUCCGCCAUUGUCGACUUUGUGCAGGCGCUCAGUGAAGUGUCAUGGGAGGAGAUCCAGUCGACGGGCGCCUCCAACCGCCCGCGCAUGUUCUCGCUGCAAAAGCUGGUCGAAAUCUCGUACUACAACAUGGGUCGUAUCCGUCUCGAGUGGUCUGGCAUGUGGAACAUUCUCGGUGAACACUUCAACCAAGUCUGUUGCCACAACAACCCCAACGUCUCGUUCUUUGCCCUCGACGCCCUUCGCCAGCUGGCGAUGAACUUUUUGCAAAAGGAGGAACUGUCUCACUUCCGCUUCCAAAAGGAUUUCCUGCGGCCCUUCGAGUACACCAUUGUGCACAACAUGAACUCGGACGCCCGCGAAAUGGUCCUCCAGUGUCUCCAGCAGAUGAUCCAGGCGCGCGUGCAGAACCUUCGUUCCGGUUGGCGUACCAUGUUUGGCGUCUUUUCGGCCGCCUCCAAGGUCCUCACCGAGCGCGUGUGCAACUAUGCGUUCGAGCUCGUGUCGCUCGUGUACCGCGAGCACUUUUCGCUCGUCGUGCGCUACGGCUCGUUUGCCGAUCUCACCGGCUGCCUGACCGAUUUCUGCAAGGUGUCCAAGUUCCAAAAGAUUUCGCUCCAGUCGAUCGAGAUGGUCCGCGGCCUGGUACCCAAGAUGCUCGAGAACCCAGAGUGUCUCAUCCCGGCCCCUGGCGAGGCUGGCGCCAAGCUUGGUCCCUCGGACGACCCCAUGAUCAAGUACUGGCUGCCUGUUCUCAACGCAUUCUUCGACAUUAUCAUGACAGGCGAGGACCUCGAGGUGCGCCGUGUCGCGCUUGACUGUCUCUUCGAGACACUCAAGAAGCACGGUUCCAGCUUCAGUGUCGAAUUCUGGAACGUCGUCUGCGAGCAGACCCUCUUCCCCAUCUUUGGCGUCCUCCGUGCGAAGAACAACGACUUUAAGAGCGCCGAAGAGAUGAGCGUUUGGCUUUCGACGACCCUCAUCUCGGCUCUCCGCGACCUCGUCGACCUGUACACGUACUACUUUGACGUGCUCGAGCGCUACCUCGCUGGCCUCUUGGACAUCCUCAUUGCGUGCAUUUGUCAGGAAAACGACACUCUGGCACGUAUCGGUACAAGCUGCUUCCAGCAGCUCCUCGAGAGCAAUGUCACCAAGCUCAGUGCUGAGAACUGGGAGAUUAUCGUGUCGGCCUUUGUGCAGCUCUUCCGCACCACCACGGCGUACCAUCUGUUCGACCCUGUGCUCCACUCCGAGGUCUCGGCGCCUGCCGACUAUGUGGACGAGGACGCGCCCUUCCACAAGUUUGUGGCUCCCGCCCCGCUCGAGGCUGUUCCCGACGACCCGCCCGCGCUCGGCCCGACCAUUACGUACGCCGAGCAGCGUCGUAUCUUCAAGCAGAUCAUCGUCAAGUGUGUCCUUCAGUUGCUCCUCAUCGAGACGGCCGACGAGCUCCUGGAGAACAACGACGUGUACAACACCAUCCCUGCCGAGCACCUGCUGCGGUUCAUGGGUGUGCUUGACGACAGCUGGAGCUUUGCUCGCAAGUUCAACGCCAACAAGGACCUGCGUACCCGUCUCUGGAAGGUCGGCUUCAUGAAGCAGCUCCCCAACUUGCUCAAGCAGGAGUCGAGCUCGGCAGCUACGCUCAUCCACGUGCUUCUCCGAAUGUACCGCGACCCCCGUGAGGCGCACAAGGCGCUCCGUGGCGGCGUCCUCGACCGACUCGUGCCCCUCGGCACUGAGAUUACGCGCGACUUCAUCGCCAUUGACGAGCAAACCCAGCCCCGCAAUGUUGCGGCAUGGAGCCCUGUCGUCACGGAGAUUGUCCAGGGAGCAUGUGGCUUUGACCAGGCGGCAUUUGACGAGCACCUGCCUUUGCUCUAUCCUCUUGUCACGGACCUGCUUCGCAGGGACGCGACCACCGACAUGCGGAAUGCCGCGCGGGAAUUCUUUGUUCGUGCCGGACAACGCCUGCUUCCGAUGCUUGCGGCGUCCCAGGUUGGGGAUGCCGUGGCUGAACCACUGGCCGUGGAGGAGAAGGAGAACGGCGAGACUACCGCUUGA